AUGAGCAACAGCAUUUUAAGCCCCCUGUCUCCAUCUUCCCUCUACUCGCCACCGCUGCCCACAUCGCCGCCCGCGGAAGCCCCUCCAGAGAUGUCUAUCGAUGACGAGCUGCCAUCCUACUCGGACACGUUGCGGUCCGGCCCCGCUAAAUACGCAUGCUUGAUGCUGUCAGGAACAGACAGGAUCCAGGCCAUCUCCUUUCCGUACAACAGGCGGACUCGAGAUCUCCUCGUGUCAGCAUUGAAGGUCGGCCAAGGUGUCGCCAACUGUGACCUGCCAGAAGACGGUGUAUGGGACUUCAAGCUAUAUGGCAAGCCCUGGUCGCUGGAUUCACUGGACGCCGUCAGAGCGCCGCACAUACUCGUUUCGCUCUACACCACCUUGGCAACCGCGGGGUGGCACCCUAGUGCAUCCGUGGACAUCGUGAAGAAGAAGACGUCGCAUGACUCGAUUUAUUUCCGGACGGGGCCGCGCAUUCCGAGAGAGUUCUUCGCAAUCACUAUUGAGGAGAGCGACAAGCUGCGGUUGGUCGACGCUCCCUGCCAGAGAGUGAAAGAUGCGUUUGUAGGGGCCUGUGCAAGCCAGACUGUGCAGGAGAAGGAAAUGGGCAGUCUCGUCGUCAAGUUCAGCGGUACUCCAUGGACGGCGUGGAAGGGCGACAACACUCGCGGCGCCCGCCGCGUUCUCGCCGCCGCAAUGGAGCGUCUUGAGACGGCCGGCUUCGAGCUCGUCUCUAGCGUUUCGCUUUCGGGGCGAGUCAUGAUGAUUUUUGGCACCCGGCGGUUCUGA